UUUUUUUCACUGAAAUAAUAGGAUUAUUAUUACAGUUCUUCUUUACAACAUUUGAGUAAAAACGAUACGUAUUGCCAUAGUUAUCGUGAAAUCUGUUUUCGAAUAUAUUUGUAAUACUGUGUUGGAAAAGUAUGUUUAUGAGAUGAAAUAGAAUUAUCAGCCUCUAUUUUACAACUUUUAAUAUUGUCAGUCACUUUUGAAUGCUUGUUUGAUUCCUAUAUUCAGAAUUGAGUUUGUGUCAACGAACUAUUUAUAAAAACAACUCGUCAAUAUGGCAUGAAUAGUUUGCGGGUUUUAAUAAAAAUUAUAAAUAAACACAUUUAAUAUGCUCAGCUUUGAUGAGUAGUCGAAGAUUCUCAGCUGUCGUCUGUCGAAACCUCGGUGGUCAUCUUCCAGUUGUCGACUCUACGCUCGACGAUCUCUCGUCUGGCGAUUCCUCGACCAGCAAUUCCACGACCGGCAAUUCCUCGUCCGGCAAUAUCAAGUCCGGCAUUUCCUCGUUCGACGAUUCUUCGUCCACCAAUACCAAGUUCGGUAUUUCCUCGUCCGACGAUUCCAAGUCCGGCAAUUCAUCGUUCGGCAAUAUCAAGUCCGGCAAUUCAUCGUUCGGCAAUAUCAAGUCCGGCAAUAUCAAGUCCGGCAUUUCCUCAUCCGACGAUUCCACGUCCGACGAUUCCUCGUCCGACAAUUCCAAGUUCGGCGAUUCUUCGUCCGGCAAUUCCAAGUCCGGCAAUUCCACGAACGGCAAUUGCACAGUCGGCAAUUGUACGACCGGCAAUUCCCCGACCGGCACUUCCAAUGCUGGAAAUUCCAAGUCCGGCAAAUCCACGACCGACUCAUCCACGACCGGCAACUCUAAGUCCGGAACUUCCGCGUCUGCUGAUUCUCUUUUGUCACUAGAAGGUUCCUGAGGUUGUACACUGUAAGAGGUUUCUCCAUGUUCAGCCUGAUGUAAAUCCUGUUCUCUAUUUGU